ACGGCCUUGGCUGUUUCGGAUAUGUACAUAGUAGCGGGUGAAUGCAAGUACAGCUGGGCGGCCUGGUUCAGAGCGUUGAAUCUUGAUCACUCCCGUCUAGCGCUUUAUGCAGUUUAGAGCAGUCGCUAGGUCGUCCUUCCAAGGCACACUGCUACCGCUGCUAUUAUAGCAACAUUAUGACAUAUGCGAAUCAUCCCAAAGAAUUUAUGUGAUUCGUUUUGCUUUGAAACAUUAGACAAAAAAUCAUUGCCAACAACAGGCUUGUGUGCUUGUGGAAAGACAGAGAUAGUUCAGUAUUAUCUACUGGAGUGGGUGUUAUUCCACGGUCAAACAAAAAUUCUUAUAUCUCAAAAAGGAAAUCUCAAUGACAAAAAACGCCCCUACCCUUAGUCUUGAUCUUGUUUUACUAAAUGUAUGUCUUUCAAAACAAGAUUUUUCAUAUAUCGUGCAGUAAUAGACUAUAUUUGUACAACAAAAAGAUUUAUAGACGAAGAAUAACGUGUCCUUUUGUUCUCUCUCUCGUUGUCAUUUCACUUCUUGCUAAACAGACUUUUUUUUUCUCUGUGUGCGUGCCUGGAUGCUGGACUUUCAUGUAUUAUUCUUUCGCUCUAUACUGUAUACCGUAUAGUAUGAUUUUUUAGUCUAUACUGACUGCCUAGUGUAUUUAUGUAUAGUCUGUACAUAAAUGUAUUAUAUCUACUUUGACGUUAUUUCGUUAACGAUGAUUCACUUACGUUAAGAAUUUCGCGUAAUAAACGUAACUCCUUCGUUUCGUACGGUAAGAAAAAAGAUUUCCUUACCGUCCUACGUUAUCUUUUCUCUUUUCUUUACUUCUACCGUCAUCAGUGAUCUAUAUUGUCCAUCUAGAGGUCACGACGGACGAAAGAACAGAAAGGACUAUACAGGCGACUAUACAAACGGCCUCUCGAAUAACGAAUAAGAUGUGUGAGAAGGUCUAAAAACGAAGAAAAAAAUCAGCUGAACAGCUUAAUCAAUCGCGCAUUGUUAGAAAACCUAUAUAAACCACUGUACCUGAAGCUAAUCGACACAUUCUAACGUAGACUGUUUCUUAUUCCCCAAUAACCUAUUUUUCAAUUAUUUUCUUCAUUCUUCUAUUUCAACGAAUACAAGUAAGUGCAUUUCAAAAGAAAAAGCAGACAUUGUUGCUUCGAAUGAAUUCAGUAGGCUCAAUAGUGCUCUCACACAGUCGCUUCUACAGUAUGGAGAUCUUAAUAAAAUGAUACUUACGUUUUAGACAAUGUACUGCUGUUUACUUUUGAUAUUAAGUGUUAGCAUUUCAUUUUCAUAUGGAAGCCACAAUGUAACAAGUUAUAGUUCCACACCGAGUUGUACCGGAGUGUCAACGUCUGACUGGAAAGAAUUUAAGGAAGAAGUUGGAAUUUACAUUGAUGUCGAUACAACUCCAUGUAAUUUUCAAGAUACACCAAUGUAUUUUACAAGUAUAGCAGGUAAGCUGUAUCAUUGGAAAGUGUCGGGUGUAACAGCAAUUUAUGAUCCAAAACCAACCGGAUUUCGAAUAUACUUGGCUCCAGUACCGAAUAUUUUUGGUGGAACUAGUGCAGGUUUGUUAAAUUAUGCGCUCAAACAUAAGUGGCAGAUAAACUGGAUGGGUGUUGGUGCAUAUUAUCCACCAUUAGAAAUCUAA